AUGUCUUUUAUAAAUAAGGCUCACGAGCUUCAUGUGGCUACCGGCUGUCCUAAUACCGUGAACCUGUGGAAAUCCAUUUUACCCACAGUUAAACUCCUGGAGCGAAUGGACGCCGGGAUAGUUUGGAUAGUGUUGAAAGAGUUGGCAUCUUUUGUCUUAGGUGACCCUCCAAAAGCCGAAGCAUACAUAAAUGAACUUAUACAUGAUGGAGGUGGUACACAUAUGAAUACUUUUACCUAUCGAGUAUCAUGUUAUGGCAUUAGUGCUAUUGGUAUUGGACGUUCUAAAAAAGAUGCAAAACAUGAAGCUGCAAAAGCAAUGUUAGAAGCUAUAGCAGCCCAUAGAGGUUAUCUACAACUCCCUGCAUCACCGUCACAAUCACCUCAAAGAACACCUUUACCUCCAGUAAUUCCAGAAACACAAAGGCUUCCUCCUGAUGUACCAUUUGUUAAUGCAGUAGGAGCUUUAAAAACAAUUGUAAUUGAAAACAAUUUACAAGAACCUGAAUACAUACAAAUUAGUGAUGUUGGACCACCUCAUGCAAAAAUUUUUACACUUCAAUGUAAAGUAGCAAAUUUUAAAGAAUUUGGUAUUGCAAAAACAAAGAAGCAGGCUAAACAGGAAGCUGCAAAAAAGAUGUUGCAUAAAAUAACAGACUUGGUAGCUGAAUCACAAGAUCGUCAAGAUCCGUUCAAUUUAGAGUUUGAGAAAAAUGAAGAGGAAAGUACUAGUAAUAAUAUGGCAAAAGCCCUUUAUCCAUCACUGUCAAACUUACCUUUACAAACAAAAGUUAAUUUAGGUUAUAGGUUGUUGGACUAUCAUUCUAAAGUUAAGGACUCUUUAAUACCCAUGUUACGUCCCGCGUUGUGGUCGUUGCUCUACUUAUAA